GACGCUCCUCGCUCUCUCAUUCGGCGUUUUUCUUCGUGACUGUGUGGACGUUCUCACUUGUGCGGCUAAAUCUCCAGCAAUCCAACGACUUUCCUAGCUAAGCUACUAAGAGGAAACGACAGUUAGCACUAAUUUACAAAAUUAGCCAGUUUGUUAAAAACUACGUGUUGAUCUUUGUGCCCUGCGAUUCGUGUUUAGCGCUUACGCACCCACAAUUUAAACGUGUUUUCGCGCUUCGCUUUUGAAAAGUAAAACCAACAGUAAAUCAAAAUGGCUGAUGUGGCUGAGCAAAAGAACGAGACCCCUGUUGUCGAGAAGGUCGCAGCUGAGGAAGUCGAUGCUGUGAAGAAGGAUGCCGUUGCCGCUGAGGAGGCAGCAGCUGAGAAGCCGACCACUACAGAGAACGGUGCCGCCGAAGAGGAGAGCUCCAAGGAGAACGGAGCAUCGGCCGCCGACAGCGCUGCAUCCGCCGAGGCUGAUGCCGUCGAUGGCGAGAAGGCAGCCGAGGCCGCUGCUGCCUCCGAGGAGAAGAAGGAUGAGGACAAAAAGGAGGAGUCCACCACUGACGGAGAGGAGGCAAAGAAAGAUAGUAGCGAAGCUGUCCCAGCUGCUGUUGAGAACGGAGCCGAGGAGGCCGCCAACGGUGACUCAACAGACGCGCCCGCCGUCGAGGCUGUGAAGCGAAAGGUGGACGAAGCCGCCGCCAAGGCCGACGAGGCCGUCGCAACGCCGGAGAAGAAGGCGAAGCUGGACGAGGCCAGCACAAAGGACGAGGUGCAGAACGGGGCCGAGGCUAGCGAAGUGGCUGCCUAAGGGAAUCGCCCGUAGAGCAGCACACUCAGUAAUCUACAUAUAAAAUACUUACUAACACAAAAACAAACAAACGCAAAUCACACAAAUUAUGGUUCUGCCGCCGGCGACACGCACCGAACCACCCACAUCCGCACGUGUGAACGGGUGAUGAGUGGGUGGGCGGGCACAAUUCCCUAAUAAUAUCCUGCAAUGGGAGCGUAGUCUUAAAGCGUACCGAUUCUCUCUGUCUCUACUAACAACCAACCAACCAACCAACAACAAACGAGAAACAACAAAAAUCCAUUAUCAUUUAAAACCUUACUUAAAAACUUAACUUUAAAGCAAAUUAUAUAUAGAAAGCAAAAGAUAAUGAGAAAAAAAGAGUAAGCGAAAGUAAGAUGCGAGACCCUCUAUGUUUUAAGAUUAAAAGUUGUAAACAAAAAGCGUCAAAUUUAAUAAUUGUAAUAAAUACGAAGCGAAUGAAAAAAAUUGCAAACAAAAUCUCUAAAUAAGAAAAACAAUAAGAAAUUAAAAGGCAAACUAUCGUUUUUGUCACUUACAAUUUUUAUAAUUUUACAACCUUAUCCUAUAUUGUGUAUGAAUAUUUAUAUAUAUAUCAAACAAGCAAACUAUAAAAUCAGCAAAAUGUAACAACGAGCUGCCAACAACAACACCCCCAAAAAAGUUGCUGCCCUCUAGCGAAAAGAGACAACAAAUCAUACCAUAUAGAAACAAUAAAAAGAAAAAAAAAUGAAAUAUAAAA